AUGGGGCACCGGUCAAAUGCUCCGAAAGGGGUCAGCGUAUGGACGGGCAAGGCUUUGGACUCGAUCAGAGAAGGGGAGAGAAUCAGCUUUACCUGCCACGUCCAGAGCAGCAAUCCAACAGUGCAGUCAUACUCCUGGUACAAAGACUGGAGCCAGCUGGGCUGUACUGACCGAGAGCUCAAUCUCACAGACAUAAAACUCCAGGACACAGGCCACUACUACUGCCGUGCCACCAACUUUGUGCUCAGUUCUGAGCGUGUAUUGACAUGCGUAAACAGAUACAUUUUUUCCCCAGAUGGACCCAGAGACACACGCAUUGUGGCCAGUGAGGGAGGGGUGAAGGUCGGAUGGAGCCUGACUCUGACCUGCCACGCCGAGGCCCUUCCCGAGCCGAACAGGUACACCUGGUUCCACGCGCUUCCACUGACGGGUGGGUGGACCGAGGUGCCAGCGCCUUCAAACAGACCGUCGUCUGACCGGCGAGCCCUGAGCUGGGAGCAGAUCCGUGUCAGCGAUGCUGGAGAAUACAUGUGCCAGGCUGCCAACGAGAUCAGCGCUAAAAACUCCACCUCGCACCGCGUAGAUGUGCUGUAUGGGCCCACAGGCCUCACCCUGCUCAUGGCUGCCACGGUGAGGGAGUCCAGCCUCGUCACCAUCCAAUGCACGGUGGAGAGCAACCCCCCGUCCUCGCUCAACCUAACCUGGGUCCCUGCCGCCAGGCUCCACCCUGGCCUCCCCCCGGACCCAAAAGCCUCCCAGUGGAAACUGUCAGCGCGUACCAAUCUCAGCUUCUCCUUCAACGCGUCUGUCAGAGACGCGGGCCUGUACACCUGCCAGGCCGCCAACGCAGAGGGCCAGGAUAACACCUCACAGAGGCUGGUGGUGAACUACGGUCCCAGGAAACCAGUGGUUAUUCACAAUAUGACCAGCAGAGGGAAGCCUGUAGAAGAAAGUGCGGUCGCCCUGAUGUGCAGCAGUGAGAGCUAUCCUCCUAUCAACAGUUAUAAGUGGUACAUACAGGACGAUAUCAACACGAAAAAGUUCUUCAAAGACAAACAGAAUAUCACGAUAGGCAACGGACAGGGAGGGGUCUAUUACUGCCUCGUGGAUAACGGCAUCUCAAGCAGCAGCUCGGACAAGAUAGAAAUACGUUUCGACCGAAGCCUCCUGUUUCUGAUCAUGGCAAUUGUGUGCAUCAUCCUCGCCAUCAUCAUCAUUGCCAUCAUCAUCUUCCUGGUCUACAGAAAAAGGAGAAAGUCUACCCAGGAGAGUCUUCAAAAUGGGUCUCGGAAUGGCACACGGGAGACUCUGGUCAUGGACUGGUUGGGAGACCCACAAAGGAGCAGAGAGUCUCUGUUAGCAGUGGCGGCUCCGCCCCUAGAGCCCCUAGCCAAUCAGCACGGUUCCCACAGCAAGCCAUGCUCGAAUAUUACCACUGUGUACAGUGCCCUGAAGAUCUCUGGCAGAACACAGCAGGGAGAGUCACCUGCCGCCCCGCACAGGGACAGAAAAGGAGCCCCUGAAGAGCUCACCAUGGACCACGCCAUGGACUACGCGUCCCUGCAAUUCCCGGGAAAAAGGAACAGAACGGGCCUAAAGGCAGAAGAGUCCAACGAAUGUGUCUACAGCACAGUCUCCAAGCCCAACCGGAACAUAACGGAGGUGCAGGAGGCAGACUACGAAAACGUGAAGGGGGCUGUCCCGCGGCGGAGGACCGUUGAGGAGGACCCGGACGUCUGCUACACCACGGUCUCCUUCGCGGCCGGGCCUGGGCCCAAGGGACCCCGCCGCCGCAGCGACAGUUCGGACGAGGAUGACUACAGAACCCAGUACUCUGAGGUCAGGGCCUGACGGGCGGGGCCCGGAUCCGGCCGACUUCCCAGGCCAAGGAGCGUCCCGUCGGCUUUCGGGUCGGGUCAGUGCUCCUGGAUCGAGGCGUCAGAAGGGCCUGCUGGCAGCCCGCCAUCACCGCACGGCUAUUGGCCCUCCAGAAUUUACAAAAAUCGGUUGAGGCAAACAAGUCCAGAGGUGCACGAACUGUUGAACGGAAUGCAUUUUCAGAUUCUGUCCGUCGCCAUGCCGAUUUGCAAAGCCGUGCUUGACCAACAGCUGGGGCCAAUAGCAGCCUGUUCUGAGCUUGCCUGCUGAAAACCGGUGA